GACCACCGCCGCCCUCGCCCGCGGCCGCGGCGGUCGACCGCCUCUCCGGGUCCCCCGAAACGUCCUGCUACUCCGGCAACUCGAGCCCCGUCAGGAGCUCCGUGGACGGCGGGAGGUCCCGGGCUGGCUCGGAGCUGGGCCCGGCGCCGGCGGCACUCGCGUUCCCCCCGACGCCUCCCGCCAGCGCGGCGGUUGCCCAGCAGGCGGCUCGCUGCCAUUCGCGCGUGCGCGUCUUCCCGGGGCGCCUGCACCGGGCCACCCCCCGCGCGGCGCCGGCCCGCGGCGGCCCCCCGCCCGCGGCG